AUGGCUCUAGGAAAAGGUAAAGAAAAUAUAUCGGCAAAAGAUACAUGUAAUGAUGAGUAUAAUACAAAUAAGAAUUAUUUCAUUGAUGUUAUAAAAAGGUUGAAUAGGAAUGAUAAUAAGAAAUAUUAUUUGAAUGAAGAAAAUAAAACAGAGAUCCAAAAUGCAGAAACAAAAUUUAAGAAUGAGUUAAAUGAAGAAAAAUAUAAGAAAGAUGAUUAUAUAAUAUAUGAUGAUGGAAAUCCAGAAAUUCAAUUUUUUACAAAUAAACAUAAAUUAAAAAUAGCUAGAUAUUCUUGGAAAGCAGAAAAUCCGAAAGCAUAUGUUUUUGCCUUACAUGGUAUCACAUCUCAUUUGAGGAAUGAAUAUUUGAAUUAUUAUGGGCGUCCUAUGUGGGUUCAAAAAAGGGAUGAAGAUAAUAAUAAUAAUAAUAAUAGUAAACCGAGUGAAGAUAAUAAUAAACUGAGUGAAGAUAAUAAUAAAUCGAGUGAAGAUAAUAAUAAAUCGAGUGAAGAUAAUAAUAAAUCGAGUGAAGAUAAUAAUAAUAAUACACUGAGUGAAGAUAAUGAUAAACCUAGUGAAGAUAAUAGUAAACCCAGUGAAGAUAAUAAUAAUAAUAAACCCAGUGAAGAUAAUAAUAAUAAUAAACCCAGUGAUGAUAAUAAUAAUAAUAAUAAUAAUAAUAAACCCAGUGAUGAUAAUAAUAAUAAUAAUAAUAAACCCAGUGAUGAUAAUAAUAAUAAUAAUGUUAGUAAUGAGAAUAACCACGAUUUAGAUAAUUAUACAAACGAAUUGAAGGAGUCUGGAAACAAUAAUGAUGAUUCUAUCAUUAAAGAUAAUGUAACAAAUACAAUUAGUAAUGAAAAGCAUGAAGAUAAUGUAGGUGUAGAUAUUAAUAAGCACAUAGAGAUAGCUCAUGAAAAAUGUAAGAGCAUAGAAGAAAAGAGAGAACUAAAUAUAAAUAUAGAAAAAUAUCCAUCCACAUUAUCAAGAAAUAAAGAAAAUGAUAACAAUAAUAUGGAAUAUGAAAAUUUAAGAAAAAACAGUUUAAUAAAAAGUAAAGGAUCAUAUUCUAUGAAUAAUGAGACUGAGAAAUCUGUAUUAAACGAAGGAGAUAUAUAUGAAACGACAUCAUCCUUAUCAUGUAGUUCAUCCGAAUUAAUGGAUAAAAAAACAUUAGAAAAGAAAUUGACGAAAUUUUUAUCAUGUUCUUCUUGUAUGUCAAAUUAUAAUGAAAAUCCAAAUGGUUUAAAUAAUGAUAAAAGAUUAGGAACAGGUUCAGAUAAUGAAAUGAAUAGUGAUGAUGAUAUGAUGGUAGAUGAUGAUAAUGUAUUAUUAAUAGAUGAGAAUUAUAAUAGUAGUAAUAGUAAUAAUAAUAGUAAUAAUAGUAAAAAUAGUAAUAAUAGUAAAAAUAGUAAUAAUAGCAAAAAUAGUAUUAAUAAUAAUAAUUAUUAUUAUUACGAUGGAUGUAAUGACAAAACAGUUUAUUAUUGCUCUAUGUGUGGAGUUGUUUGUAAUUAUUGUAAUUGUGGAGAACGUACUUUAUCAUAUAAAAAUAGUUGGAUAGAAAAAUUAAAUGAAAAUAAUUUUUCUUUUUUUGGUAUUGAUAAUCAAUCACAUGGAUUAUCAGAAGGAUCAAGAAAUCAACGAUGUUUUGUUGAAGAUUUUGAAAAUUUUAUAUCAGAUGCAAUACAAGCAUUAGAAAUAUUUAUAAAUGAAUGGAAAGAAAAAAAUGAAAUGAAACCUAUAAUAAUAAUGGGAUUAUCUAUGGGUGGUUGUAUAGCAUUAAGAACAUUAGAAACUAUUAAUAGAUUAAAUAAAGAAUGGAAAUCAUAUGUAAAAUGUUUAAUACUUGUAUCUCCAAUGAUUAGCUUAGGAAAACAAAAAAGUAAAAUAUCUAAUAAACUUUUAAUUUCUGCAACAAAAUUUCUAAAAUUUUUCUUUCCUCUUUUAAAAGUUAAUGUAAAAGAAAGCAAUGCAAAAUAUGCAUGGAUAAAACAUGAUUCUGAAAUUGAUCCUUUUCAAUAUUGUGGGCCUCUAAAUAUUAAAAUAGCAGCUGAAUGUGUAAGUGCAGCUGAUAAUUGUUUAAAAUAUCAUAUAUUAAAAUAUGUAGAAGAAAGUGAUACCGAUAUUAUGGUUAUUCAAUCAAAACAUGAUUGUAUUGUGGACCCUUCAGGAAGUAUUGAUUUUAUGAAAAAAAUGUUACGUCUUUAUAAUAAAAAGGAAGAAAAAAGAUUAAAAAACAAAAAUAAAAGGUAUAGUAAAAAAUGUGGUCAAACGGAUAUUUAUGGUACUAAGGAGGAUAAGCAAAAAUUAACAGCAGUUCACACAGUUCAAGAUAAUAAUAAUAAUAAUAAUAAUGAUAUUGUUACAGGUUUUCAAAAUGACCUUAUUUCAAAAGAUACAGAUAAUACAACAAAUAAUUCAUUUAUGAAUACACCCUGUAUAAACAAUGCAAAAGAUAACACCAUAAAUAAUAAUGAAACGGAUGAUCAAAAUGGGAAAACCUUAAAUGAUGGAAACUUAACAAAUAAUAAUACUAUGAUGAUGAUGACCAUCAAUGAUGAUAAUAACAAUGAAAAUUCUGAAAUUAAUAUUAAUAAAACUAAUAAAAAUGAUGACAAUAAUAAUAAUAAUAAUAAAAAUGAUGAUAAUAAUAAUAAUAAUAAUAAAGGAGAUAUGCAAGGUACCAAUUAUCAAACCCUAAAUAAUGAUGAGGGGAAAAUAGAAAUACAUAAAUUAAUGCAAUCGUAUGAAAAAGCAGAUUAUACACAAGCUAAUUCAUACAAUUCUUUAGAUUACUCAAAUCAGACAUCUAGUAAAUUUUUUGAAAACUCAUAUAUUAAAUUAUCAAAAAUAAAUAUUUUUAAAAAUGAAAAAGAAUUAUGGAAUCCUUUUGACCAUGGACACUAUAAAAAUUUUAUAUUAAAAAAAAAUAACAAAAAUUGUCAACUUACAAAAGAACAAGACAAAUAUAAAAAAUUGAGUAUUUAUAUUUUAAAAUAUGGUUGUCAUACCUUACCUGGAGAACCAGAUACUAAAUCAAGUGCUAAUAUUUUAGUCAACUGGUUAAAUAAUAUAUUUCAAUAA